UUAAAAAAUUGUGUCAACUAAUUUUGAAAUUGAUUUUUUGUCAAUUGCUUUCCAUUUAUUAUAAACAAAUAUUGAAUUUAAUUGAAGUCAUAAAUAAAUUUGCCGUGUCUACAUUUUCCCUGUUUAUAUUUGUAUGGUUUUAUAGAAAAAGAAGCCAAAUAUAAUUAAAUAACAAACCGCGUUUAUAAAUACAUAAAAAAUUUUUUUUACCGCAACAGCUGCUACAGUUUCCAUUUCACCUUUUAUGCUACAAAAAAUAAAAGAAGGAAGAAGAUUUCAAAGUUUACAUAAAAUAUUAAACCAUGUUUUGAAUUGAAACCAACGAAAUAAAUAACAACUAUUUAAAAUAAAACAAGCUCUGAAUAGUAUAAUUAUAAGUGUUGUCAUCUGCUGUAUUUAUUGGAUUUGUUAAUUUUUUAAAGAAACUCGUAAUAAAAACAGAAAUAAAGUGAGUCAUCAUUGCAAAAAUAUAGAUGUAUAAUAAAUAAAAAUUUGGAAGAAAACAAACGAACAAACAAGCCAAAAAACAAAAGAAAAAACACGAUUUGAUAUUGGCCGAUCUCACGUAAAUACAUUUUUAUAUAUGUAUUGACGCGUAAGCUAAGACCCACACAAGUCUUUAAAAAAAUAAUAACGUUAGUUCGAACUCACUCUCCCAGAAUAAUUUUGCAUAACUACCGCUACCUACAAUCGUACUCAAUACAAUUAGUCACUCAUUCUCCAAUCACACAAACAGUUGAUUUGAUUUUUGCCAUCUACUACAUCAGCUCAAGACUUCCUCCCAUCUCAAGUGUCAAACUACAAGUACGAGAUAGAGCAGAAACAGCAGAAAAUAAACAAUACUCUUAUAAACUUCGUCGUCAGUAAAGCAGUAAUCAUUUACAUACAAAUUUGGCGAUGGCGUCACAAGGUGUAACAGCCAACUCACGACUGGCUGAAAUGCAGAUGAAAUUCCAAAAGAAACAAAUGUUGGAACGCGAGCAAAAGAAACUGGCAUUGACGGUCGGUGACAUUUCUCAAGCAUCGAAAACAACCAUUGGUAACGGGAAGGUUCGUCAAAUGUUUGAUGACCGUCGACGUGGUGUUGGUAUAGAUCGUAGUCAUCCUCUGCGACCAAUUGCGACAUCCACUACUUCGUCUUUAACAACUAGAAAUCUAACACAACAGCCAGCUACCAAUAAACGUCCAGUUGGUGGAGCAAAUGUUUCCAGACGUGUAAUAACGAAUAGCACAUUGAUGCAAAGUACAACAUCUUCUACAUACGGCGAAAAAAAUGUGUCCAAUGGCAAUAGCAAUAUAUUCAAUAACAAUCUCGAUGAACUUGACAACAUUGACAACGAAACAUUUCCUAAGGAAUUUUCAUCGCUGAGUUUAAAUAACACGCAUAUAAUGGGUUCACAUGUUGCAAGUGAUCGAGAUUUUGAUAAUAAUAGUAAUGAAGAAAACAAUGUUUUAGGCGGUACUGUUGUAAUCAGUAAGAGAACAAAUCCAACGACAAAUGGUAUUAAACUGAAUCCUGUGAUUACCAAGAAAUCACCGAUUACAACGGCUACUAAAACGACAAGCAGAACACCGAGUACUAGCAGUAGAGUAUCAACACUUUCCAAAACUACACCCAACUCUUUAAAAUCGCCAUUAGUGAAAUCACCAACAACACCAUCAUCAACAGCUAAAAGUAUUAAGACAACGGUAAACAAAACGAACAGCACUAAACCAGCAACAUUCAUAUUGUCGGUUAAACCGCCACCCAGAAUAAGUACUCCUCCACCAGGUAUGGCGGCCUGUCAGUAUUGUCAACGUAACUUCAAUGAGGAUCGUUUGGCUAAACAUGAGGAUGUUUGUAAAAAGAUGACGACUAAAAAACGUAAAAUAUUUGAUGCUUCCAAACAUCGGGUCAAGGGUACCGAAGCAGAGAAAUAUAUAAAAAAAGGUAAAGUUUCAAGCACGAGCGGUCCAAAAACUGUAACGGCUGCAAUUAAAAAGACUCAAGAACCAACCAACUCUGGAGAAAAGAAGAGCAGUUGGCGAAAAAAGCAUGAAGAGUUUAUAGCAGCCAUAAGAGAAGCCAAGAAGGUUCAAGCUUACCUAGCCAAAGGAGGAAAAUUAAGUGAUUUACCACCGCCUCCGCCGUCUGAAAAUCCCGAUUACAUACAAUGUCCUCACUGUAGUAGACGUUUUAAUCAAGCGGCAGCAGAACGUCACAUCCCCAAGUGCGCCAAUAUGCAGCAUAAUAAGCCGAAACCCGUAAGAAAGCGUGUUUAACAUAUUAAUAGGCAAAAUAAGAUAAAGGGAUAUGUAAAGUUUUGGACUUGCAAUGUUGAAUGAUGUUUGGUCCAAACUAAUAAAAAGUUUUUAUCAAUCCUUGACAAAAUGUCGUUGAGGAUUUAAUCAUUUUCUACUUUUAUAUUCUUAUAACAAUAAUAUUAGUUUGUUUUUUAUUUUACUAAUAAUUAAUGCUUAUGCGUAAAAAAUAAUGCGUAAUUUACUCCUAAACAUGUGAUAAAUUAUUUUUGUAAAACGAUUUCUCAUUUUCGUUUCAAAAAUGAAUUAAUUUGAAUAAAUGAAAUUAAAUAU